AUGAAGACGGCGGCUGGGCUGCCUCCCAAUCCCCAUGGCCAGCGGCUGGCACACGUUAGCAUUAUCAUGUGCACCAUUGCCGGAUUCCUCGUCAUUUGCCGACUGCUUGUGCGCUUUCUGGUCCAUCGACGGACUGGCUGGGAUGACUAUACGCUGAUUAUAUCUCUGGCGCUGGCGAUUGGGAUGACAGUCUGUUUCAAUAUGGAGGUCUACUACGGCAUGGGACUGCACACGAAACAGCUCGACGCACACAAUAAAGUCCUGGCUUUUGAGUGGCUUUGGGUCGCCCAGCUUCUGUACAAAUUCGCCAACGGAAUGACAAAAAUCACCAUUGUGCUUCUAUACCUCAGAAUCUUUCCGACCAGAAAAUUCAAGAUCCUGGCUUGGAGUGUGAUCGGGUACGUGGUGGCGUACUGCACGGCAGCGGUUUGCACGAGUAUCUGGCAAUGCGAUCCGAUCGAAAAGGCUUGGAAGAAAACGCUGCCCGGCCACUGCAUCGAUAUCGGCAAACUAUGGUACGCGAACUCGGUGUUGACCAUUGUCGCGGACCUGGUUCUCAUCGCUAUGCCGGUCAAUCAAAUCGUCAGACUGAAAUUGCCGUUGUCGCAGAAGCUGGGGUUGAUCUUUGUCUUCAGUCUGGGGGUCUUCGUCAUGGCUUGUACCAUUAUCCGAUGUGUUAUGCUUGGUCCGACUACCUCUCAGAAAGACUCAGUUUACUACCAAGCGGAAUCCAACAGCUGGACGUUCCUUGAGGUCGAUGUGUCCAUCAUCUGUGCCUCCCUCCCCCUCCUGAAAACUCCACUGCAGCGACUCCUCCCACAGAUAUUCGGAAUGAAAUCGUCCUCCGCCAAAUCCGAUGGCUACUACCACGGGAACGCCCAAAAAUCGAGUGGGAGGGGUGCCGCUAUCCCAAUGAACAACCGCGCCGGACGCCCGAGGGGUCCGUACAGUGAUGCGGCAAGUGAUGAAGAACAGAUCCUGGAAUCGGGUGCAGGGAUCAUGAAGACGACAAAGGUCACGCUGGAGUAUGAGGAGGCGGAAAUAACGAAAGAUUUGGCUGACAGGAAGCCUCGCAACGGGACAUUUGACUUUGGCUUGCAAAGUUAG